UAGCCGGCCUGUAGUCUCGGUGGAGCUUUAACUGCAAGCCUCUCCCAUGUGGCUUAGCAUUCCCCAGCUUUGCCAAAAGCCAUCUUUAUAUCCCCCACGGCUGUUUUGGGCUUUUUUCCUACUAAACCGCACCUACAAGUUGUACAAGCCCAUUAUGGGAUCAGGGUCGAUUUGCAUGGAAGUUGGAUAUGGGGCAAGGCUGGAAAACGUUCUGGAAACCAGCAGGAUAGAGGACGAAAGACCUCAAGACAUUGACCGGAAGAGGCAGGGCAGCGAGGGGGCUAGGACCCAGGUUUCAGAUACGUCGGCGCCUACGUCACUAGGACUCCGCCCCCGCGUCGGCCGCCGGACUGGAGCUCCCAGUCGGUUCCAAACAAGCCCGGCGCUCCGUAGUGCGCACGCUCAGUCCGGCCCUGCCGGCGUACCGCCCACCCAGGUCCUCUGGCUCCUGAGGGCGUGCUUGCGGGGAAAACUGAGGCGGGGGGCGUGCUUGAGUUCAUUUCUUCCUCGGCCACACCACAGGGCCAGCAGAGCUGAUCCCCUUCCUCAGAGCAUGGAAGUGCAGGAAAGGACAGAAGGAAGGGAGGGGGCCCAAGGCAAGCAGGGUCUGAAGAACCAGCAGAGAUCUGCCACACUCAAGAUGGCGGCGCGGCCGCGGCGAGGUCCCUCAGAGGCGGUACCAGCGCAUGCGCAGCGCGGAGUCCCGGCCCGGGACACAAGAUGGCGGCAGCGGCGCUGGGGAGGGCGAGGCGGAGGCGGCAAAACGGGCGGUCGAGCAGAACGUAUAGCCGCUUCCCCUCAAGUCCGCUCCGGGCAGCUGCUGAUAACGGGAAUCUCUUGGUACCCCAUCUAUUCCACUGCUGACCAGUCCACCCACCAGUGCUGAGCCUCCCUGCAGGCUUCUCCCUGCCUCUGUGGGACCCUGUGACGUGGGUCCUUCCAGCUGAGGAAGAAAACUCUCUCAUGCUAGCGUUGCAGACCCCAGAGGGUCCCUUGUGGGUGCUGAGAUGGCCAAUGAGAAUCACGGCAGCCCCCGGGAGGAAGCAUCCUUGCUGAGCCACUCCCCGGGCACCUCCAAUCAGAGCCAGCCCUGUUCUCCAAAGCCAGUCCGCCUGGUGCAGGACCUCCCAGAGGAGCUGGUGCACGCAGGCUGGGAGAAGUGCUGGAGUCGGAGAGAGAACCGGCCCUACUACUUCAACCGAUUCACCAACCAGUCCCUGUGGGAGAUGCCUGUGCUGGGUCAGCACGAUGUGAUUUCGGACCCUUUGGGGCUGAAUGCCACCCCACUGCCCCAAGACUCAAGUGUGGUGGAAACACCCCCAGCUGAGAACAAGCCCAGAACAGAAAAAAAGCCAAGUGGCAACGGCAUGAAGAAGCCCAAGAUUGAAAUCCCCGUGACACCCACUGGCCAGUCAGUGCCCAGCUCCCCCAGUGUUCCAGGAACCCCAACACUGAAGAUUUGGGGUACAUCCCCUGAAGAUAAACAGCAGGCAGCUCUCCUCCGACCCACUGAGGUGUACUGGGACCUGGAUAUCCAGACCAAUGCGGUCAUCAAGCACCGGGGGCCUUCGGAGGUGCUGCCCCCACAUCCUGAAGUGGAGCUGCUCCGUUCCCAGCUCAUCCUGAAGCUGCGGCAGCACUACCGGGAGCUGUGCCAGCAGCGAGAGGGCAUUGAGCCUCCUCGAGAAUCUUUCAACCGCUGGAUGCUGGAGCGCAAGGUGGUGGACAAAGGAUCUGACCCCCUAUUGCCAAGCAACUGUGAACCAGUUGUAUCACCUUCCAUGUUCCGUGAAAUCAUGAAUGACAUUCCCAUCAGGUUAUCUCGAAUCAAGUUCCGGGAGGAAGCCAAGCGCCUGCUCUUUAAGUACGCAGAGGCUGCUAGGCGGCUCAUCGAGUCCAGGAGUGCAUCUCCCGACAGCAGAAAGGUGGUCAAGUGGAACGUGGAAGAUACCUUCAGCUGGCUUCGGAAGGACCACUCAGCCUCCAAGGAGGAUUACAUGGACCGCCUGGAGCACCUGCGGCGGCAGUGCGGACCCCAUGUCUCAGCUGCAGCCAAGGACUCUGUGGAGGGCAUCUGCAGCAAGAUCUACCACAUCUCCCUGGAGUAUGUCAGACGGAUCCGAGAGAAGCACCUUGCCAUCCUCAAGGAAAACAACAUCCCAGAGGAGGUGGAGGCCCCAGAGGUGGAGCCUCGCUUGGUGUACUGCUACCCGGUACGGCUGGGCGGGUCUGCACCCCCCAUGCCCAGUGUGGAGAUGCACAUGGAGAACAACGUGGUCUGCAUCCGGUAUAAGGGAGAGAUGGUCAAGGUCAGCCGCAGCUACUUCAGCAAGCUGUGGCUCCUUUACCGCUACAGCUGCAUCGAUGACUCUGCCUUUGAGAGGUUCCUGCCCCGGGUCUGGUGUCUUCUCCGACGGUACCAGAUGAUGUUUGGCGUGGGCCUCUAUGAGGGGACUGGCCUACAGGGGUCGCUGCCCGUGCACGUCUUCGAGGCCCUGCACCGACUCUUUGGCGUCAGCUUCGAGUGUUUCGCCUCACCCCUCAACUGCUACUUCCGCCAGUACUGUUCUGCCUUCCCUGACACAGAUGGCUACUUUGGAUCCCGCGGGCCCUGCCUGGACUUUGCGCCACUGAGCGGUUCCUUUGAGGCCAACCCUCCGUUCUGUGAGGAGCUCAUGGAUGCCAUGGUCUCUCACUUCGAGAAACUGCUCGAGAGCUCGCCGGAGCCCCUAUCCUUCAUUGUGUUCAUCCCAGAGUGGCGGGAUCCCCCAACACCUGCGCUCACCCGCAUGGAGCAGAGCCGCUUCCGACGCCACCAGCUGAUCCUGCCUGCUUUCGAGCAUGAGUACCGCAGCGGCUCCCAGCACGUCUGCAAGAAGGAGGAAAUGCACUACAAGGCUGUCCACAACACGGCUGUGCUCUUCCUGCAGAACGACCCUGGUUUUGCCAAGUGGGGGCCGACGCCUGAGAGGCUGCAGGAGCUCAGCGCCGCCUACCGGCAGUCAGGCCGCAACCAUGGCUCUGGCUCCUCCUCCUCGUCCUCCUCAGAGGCCAAAGACCGGGACUCGGGCCGCGAGCAGGGCCCUAGCCGGGAGCCUCACCCCACUUAACACAUCCUGCGGGGAGGAGGAGCCCCAGGGGUGCUGGUAUAGACUGCUGGGCCUUGGGCCUUGGGGGCUGAGUGGACCCCAGGGCCCUCCCCUGGGUGGCUGCAGGACUUGGGCUGCCACUGACAUAGGAAGACUGCGGCUGCCAGGGCUUCCCUCCCUGCCCCUAGCCCCCCUCAGCUCACUCCACGGCCCCUGUAAAUAGGCCCCUGCCUCCUGUCCCACCCCACCCUGUUGCCAUCUUGUUUCAUUUGUAAAAGGAAAUACAGAAACCCCUCUGAGAACA